CCGGAAGUUUUUCCUGUAGCGCCGGGGGGUAACAUGGCGCCCGGCGGCAUGUGAGAAGGACGGUGUCAGAGCCGGUUUUACCGCCUCGAAAGCAUGUAUACAGCUCCAUGUAGCAGGUUUGCAGGUAGGGUGGGUGCUGUCCUUAUCCUGAAGCUCCCGGAAAGCGUGGCUGUCUUGCAGCGGCGGUAUCCCAGCCUGCCCCUGCCGGUUCACAGCUGCCCUGCCGCAUGUGUUACCUUCCAGCACCUGACCUUCCUCAAGCGACAGUAUGUGACGAAGGGCGGCGGUGAGUUUCGGCAGCAGGCACAGCCCAAGCGGGAGCGCGUUGCGGCCCUGCCGGAGGAGCGGGACGAUGCGGUCGUCAGGGAGGUUCAGGAGCUGCCGGCCCUCAGGCUGCCACCGCAGACCCCCCCCACAAGAGGGGUGUGACUCCGGCCAGGGAGGUGGAAGCGGGGGGUCUCGCAAGAUGCUCGUGCGGAGAGGCAGUGGCGGGAACUGAAGGUGGAGCCAGGGGACCUGCUCGGUGUCUAUGCACGCCUCUCCAAAAUCAAGCUCACGGCCCUGGUCGCCACGACAGCUGCAGCAGGCUUUGCAAUGGCUCCGGUGCCCUUUGACCCCAGUGUCUUUCUGCUGGCGUCGCUCGGCACUGCACUGGCAUCCUGUGCGGCCAAUUCCAUCAACCAGUACUUCGAGGUGCCAUUUGACUCCAAUAUGAACCGAACAAAGAACCGCCCGCUGGUCAGGGGCCAGAUCAGCCCUCUCCACGCCGUGACUUUCGCUGCCUCCUGUGCCGUGCCUGGCGUGGGUCUUCUCACGUUGGCUGUAAACCCCCUGACGGGCUUCCUGGGGGCCCUCAACAUCGUGCUGUACACCUGCUGCUACACACCACUCAAGAGGCUGAGCAUCGCCAACACAUGGGUGGGGGCUGUGGUGGGUGCCAUCCCCCCCAUCAUGGGCUGGACCGCCGCCACUGGCUCGCUGGACGCAGGUGCCCUCCUCUUGGGGGCGUUCCUGUACUCAUGGCAAUUCCCCCACUUCAACUCGCUGAGCUGGAACCUGCGUGAGGAUUACUCCCGGGGCGGGUACCGCAUGAUGUCGGUGACGCACCCGGCGCUGUGUCGGCGUGUGGCCCUGCGACACAGCCUGGCCCUCAUGGGCCUCAGCACUCUGGCGCCCCCUCUGGGCGUCUCUACCUGGACCUUCCCGCUCAUCUCGCUGCCCAUCAACCUGUACAUCAGCUACCUGGCGCUGCGUUUCCAGCGGGACGGAGACCGCGCCAGCGCACGCCGCCUCUUCUUCUGCAGCCUCUGGCACCUGCCCAUGCUCCUCCUCCUCCUCAUCACCUGCAAGAAGCCACGUGCCGAGCAUGGGGGGGCCCAGACCACAGUGGGGGGCCAGGUCCAGGACAGUUAACCCUUGGCCUUGCCUGUCACUCCCACCCCCGCACAUCUGGACGCGAGAAUAGCGACAAUUAGGAUCUGCUUUAACAAGAAUAACUCAAAACGUUAUGAUUUCAGGGAUCUUGUAAUCAAUCAUUUGUGUGUGUGUGUGUGUGUGUGUGUGUGUGUGUGUGUGUGUAUGUAUGCAUACGCCCUCCCGCGCGUUAAUUUAUUCACACACCAGUGAUGCGUACAACCGACUGGCAGCUUGAUGUUUAAUUACAGAGCUAAACGAAUGUAUGUCACUCUCUGUCUCAGUCCUGCCCGACUUGUGAACUGCUCAGUUCUCUAGGAAAGCCUCGUUUCUAGUGCUGUGAUGUGAUUUCUGACCACUGCUGUUACACAGUUCAGUGCGCUGACAUACUGUAUGUGGAUGGAAGCCCUGUGCCACACCAAUAAAGAACAAUCGCUGUC